GCGCUGUCCCAGCCGUACACGUAGGGACGUGGCGCGGCCAUGUUGUCUCCCCGGCGGAAGGAGCCGAGCGGCGGCUGUUCGCCCAGCCCCGAGCAGAACCAGCGCUCCUCUACGGCCGCCAUGGAGGAGAGCAGCGGGAUCCGGCUGCCGGCCGAGUGCCUGGACGAGCCGCCCAACAGCCGCGUUUUCGUGGUGCUGGGUAAGGACGCGGGCGAGGCGCUGAUUCGGGAGCGUUUCGCCCCGUUCGGGGACAUCCAGAACAUCUGGCUGCUGCGGGACAAGCGCACCAACGAGUCCCGAGGCAUCGCCUUCAUCAAGUUCGCCCGCAGCUCGCAGGCCUGCCGGGCUAUGGAGGAGAUGCACGGCCGUAGCCUGGUCCCCGACACCAAACCCAUCAAGGUAUUUAUUGCACAGUCAAGAGCUUCUGGAAGCCACCGAGAUGUUGAAGAUGAGGAGCUUACACGAAUCUUUGUUAUGAUACCAAAGACCUAUACAGAGGAAGACCUGAGAGAGAAGUUUAAGAUGUAUGGAGACAUUGAAUAUUGCAGCAUCAUUAAAAACAAGACUACUGGAGAAAGCAAAGGUUUGGGCUACGUGAGGUACUUGAAACCAUCGCAAGCUGCCCGAGCAAUUGAGGAGUGUGAUCGAAGCUACCGAGCCAUCUUGGCUGAACCAAAAAACAAGUCAUCCGAAUCUUUUGAACAUGAAUAUUAUAGCAAUAACGUAAGGCAAGAACCAAGAGGAAAUGUAUUUCCAUUUUGUGCUCAGCCAGAGUUCUGUAGUUUUGAAAAAAAUGAGACCAGAAUUCAGGAGUCAGUCUCCAAACGUCUGUCAGUGGUAUCACGACUUCCUUUUAUCCAAGAACAGCUGUUUGCCCUCUUUGAUCUGAUCCCAGGCCUGGAGUAUUGUGAUGUUCAGCGUGAUCCUCAUACUAAUAAUGGUUAUGCUGUGAUUCAGUAUAGUACAGCUGCAUCAGCUAUAUAUGCCAAGUAUAAGCUACAUGGGUUUGAGUAUCCUCCUGGAAACAGAUUAACCGUCAUUUUUCUAGAAGAUGGGAAUGAUAGUUCAGACCUCAUCAGAAAAAUGGCAACACAACUGGUAACAGCACAUAUGACCUCAGUGCUGCGAAAUAAUAACGCAGUUGUUCAGCAGUAUAGGACACCUCCUGCAUUUGGAGGAACCUCUGGCUCACCGUUACUUCAGCCCCAAACCGAUGCUAUACUUCCACCACCCAAAAAAAAAGUUCCACCUGACACUUCUGUGAAGGAAAGGCUUUUUGUACUUUUUCAUCCUCAUCCCUUACCUGUGACUGUAUUGGAGGAUGUUUUCUGCCGUUUUGGAAAUUUAAUAAAAGUUUACCUUGUGGCUGGGAAAAAUGUGGCCUAUGCAAAAUUUGCCGACAGAGCAAGUGCCAGUGAAGCCAUAACUGCGUUACACGGCAAGAUUGUGAAUGGUGUCAGACUUAAAGUAAGGUUGGCAGACUCCCCCACAGAGGAAUCUAACAAACGUCAGAGAACCUACUAAGUAGAACUAAAUAGUGACAUGACCCUCGACUGACUGACUGACUGAAACGUGACUAGACAUGGUUCCUGGGGACAGUGACAUCCUUUUUUCCUUUUUUUUUUUCCCUUUCCUUUUGCAUUGUUGCUCUGUUGAUGUCGUGCUUUCUGUUUUUAAGAAGUGUGAACAUGCAGUUAUAAAAGAAUCCAGCAGUUUUGAAAUUGUAUACUGACGAUUGUUCAUGUAGAAUCCUGUUUUCUUGUAUUCCAGAAAUAAAUAUCUCGUGCUAAACUAAGCUCCACAAACAUGGAAAAUGCAGUGAUGAGAGUCAGGUUUUUGUGGCUUGACCUGGUUAAUUGAUAGUGAAUCAAAUUGUAACUAUGCUAUUCUGAAGGCACUUCCAGUGACCAGAAUGCAUUGAAGUAAAGCAGUAAAUUGAAAGAAAGCGAAAGAACUAUUUCGAAAACUACUAGCAUAUUUGAGAGUAUUAAGUCAGAUUUGAUAGAAAAGCCAUACUCAUGAAAGUGAUUCAAGUACACUCUUGAAUAUUUCACUGACUUGAGCCAAAAGUAUUCGUUAUGCUUUAUGUGCUAUUUAGCGUAAAGGGCAUUUGACUGUGGGUCAAGCUAUCAAAGCUGCUUGCAUUUAUCAUUUUCUUGAGGUUCUAUCAUUGUAACUACAGAAAAAUGGAGUCUGGGAGUUUUCUUUCCCAGUUUUUCUUAAGAAGCUUCCAAAGAGUACAUUGUUGAAGAACUGGUUAAUUGAAUAACAGUUUAGUAUUUCAGCAAGAUGAAGAUGAUUUGAGCACUGCUAAAGAGUAAACGAAGAUAAUUUGAAUAAGUAUUUGCAAAGAUGAUUGUCAAAUACAAAUACUUCCUGAAUGUUAUUUGUUGAAUUGAAAAAUGUUGGUUAUUAAAUGUUCACAGAUAAAACUGAAAUUCUAACUGCAUGCACACUGCUGUACAAGCACGCUCUUUGUACCUGGCUUCCAACUCCUCCAGUGCUGAUCCCUUGAUCCUUAAGUGGGGAUAAAUAGCUGAGCAUCCACAACUUCCUCUGUCUUUGAGCACUUUCAGAAAGAUGUCCUUCCAAAAAGUCACCACCCCACAGGUAGGUGAGAAUGUAGUUCCAUGACUGAUGUUCCUGGGAUGAAUUUGGCAUUUGUUUCCAUGUAGCUCUCUGAGCUUUAGUAUCAUUUUACCCUUUAUGGACUCCUUGCUGCCUUCUCAGUCCCCCUUAUUCUUUCCAAGACAAGAAUAGUUGCUGACAAGAAACUUUUCCAGCCUUCUAUGUCGUGCUCCAGGCCCCUGACCCUCCCAAUUCAAAUAGCCAGUGUGCAGAAGCAUGCUGUCUUUUAAGUGAUAUUUUUGUGUCUUAAGUUAUGCUUCUACCUGUGGUAGAUAGCCUCCUUUUCUUGUUUCCUUUGUUCUUCAAAGAGCAGGAGGAAUUAAGGUGUUGGUAAAUAUCUCCAACUGAGCUGAGGACUAAAUCCUUUUUAAAUCUUUCUCUGCUGUUUUACAGUAUUAAAAGGCAUAUACCCAUAAAAAUUCUUUCCAGGCAGGAGGUUGCUUGAAGGGGAACACAAGGGUGUGAGAUGCAGAAGAGUUUGAUACGGUAUUUUUAGCUGGAAAAAUGUGCUUACUCAAAACAUACAACUUCAUCAUUUGCUGUUUCACAGUCAGCGGUCUUGAAAUACUGCCGUAACAAUAAUGACCAAGUCCUCUUGAUUAGCUUUCUAGUAGAGUAAUGUGAGUGGACCUACUGUAGGAUUAAUGCAAUUCAUACUUAGACAGUGCAAAACAGUUUCUAUGCUGUGCUAUUUUCAAGUGUUUUGCGAGUUGUUCUCUUAUGCAAGAUGCAGGCAUGUCAAACCUUUUCUUUUUAAAACAUGUGUUAAGAGUACCAAUAUUUUUACCUUAGGGAUGGUAGGUAAGAAUGAGAGCUGUUGUUGCAAUUGGUUCAGCUACCAUUUUGCUGGGGUUCCUUUGGAAAACUCCUGCAUUUUUGUUUCUUUUUCCUUUUCCUUCCAUUUGAGUAGAUGUGGAGCUUUCUUGGGUUUCCUCAGGGGAGCAGUGCUGACCAGGAUGCUAUACGUCUAAAACUCUGGAAUUGUCGAGCAGUAUCUUUACAGACUUAACUAUGCUGUGUGUGUGAAUGCAGUAAGGUCAGUAUUUUUGGAGAGCAUCAGUUCUGCUGUGCAGAUAUGACAGUCAUUCUGUCCUGUUGAUACAGCAGCUCUGGCAUGCUGCUGAAUGCGCGUCAUGCAGUGCAUCUUUGCAUCAGGAAUAAGCAAGUGGUGAUGUUCUGUGCCAGUGUAGAAAUCUUUGCAGUACAUGUGCAGAAGGUCCAGUGGCUUAUUUUUUGCUUUUAUUUUAUUUUUUUACAAACUUGAACUAACUAUUUGUGCUGCUACACAGGCACUGAAACUGAACUUUUUGCUUCACAAGACUUUUGCUCUUUUCUGCUACCCAAAUAGAAAGCUUGGAUGUAAAUUGCAGGAAUGUGUUUUUCUUUGCUCAGUGCAGCUGAUUAGGAACUAAGUAGUGUUUGAGAGGAUGUUUUAAAGCACAGCAUAGUGAUGUGCAUGUAAUGUAGGUGCAUGCAUAAUGUUGAAGUAGUGGGAAUCUCAGCCAGCACUUUGGGUUGGAUAUGAUAUUCAUUAUUCCCUGUUUCAACUGUUUUGUAGCACUGCCACUAAGUAGCUGUCACGUUGCUUUUCCAGGCCUUUUCAUCAGAAAAUGAUAAUUCUGUCUGCUGAGAGCAUAAGCUUUAGGUACUGGAAAAAGAAACUGUAUAAUCUAUAUCGCUUUUGCUGGUGGUUAUUGAAUUGGCAAGAACUGCAUAAUUUUGGGGGGGCUCUUUUGCAGUAAUAGCACAGUAAUGGUAAGUAAAAUUUUUCAUGCUUAUCUGUAAAUGACUUGGAUUUCAGCAGUGUUCACCAGCUGUAGUUUCUGCCAGCAUUUAACAGGGCAUUUGGUCCUUCAGCAAUUACACUCAAUGAUAUCCACUGGAAAUUUUGUCCAUUUGCUGAAUCUUACCUGCAUGGUCUGCAGGAGUGCCUUUUGCUUGUAACUGUAGAAAGAUACUAAUUUAUGUUGCCACGAUGUCUACAUUAAAGUAUAUCUGAUCGUUAAUUGAAACAAAGCUGUUCUCAAGAGAGCUGUUUUGACAGUCUGACUGCAAUUAGUUUCCUCCACUGGGUCUUCUGCCUGAGACCUUUUCCUUUGGUGGUAGCGAGGUUCUACUCGAGUACCUAAAAUGGGAGCAGAGCCCAGGCUUGCAAUGCAAAGUGGAAUUGGCUUUCCCUUGCUUGCUCCCUCUCUUCCAUUUAAUGGUUCAUUUUCUGUCCCAGGGUAUUCAGUCACAUUAUUUCUGCUCUGUCUGCAGAGAAUACUAUCAGAUGUCUGCAGUGCUAGAUUACUAUCUCGGUAUGUGAGAGACAAAAAGAAAAAUAAUAACUGUGGAAGUGGGAGCAGCUAAACGUGGAAAAAGCAUGUGGCUGUGUCCAGUUUAAGAGAGCAUUGCAUGUUCUCAGUAUACCACUUCUCUGUACUUUAUUUGUUAAAUGCUUUGUCUGAGACCCUGCCGUAGUUAUUCAUGGAAUGUCACAUUAAAGUUGCAGUUAUAUUGAUAAAAUGCCUGCAAAACAAACUCAAGAAGAAAUUAUAAGUAAAAGGAAGGCUAACUAUAGUAAGUUCACUGAUUGGUAUAGCAAAGGCACAGUCUACUGCCUUGCUAGGUAAUUCCCACCCCUUUUCCAGCAGAGGUCACUGGUCUCCUGGAUGUACCUACGUACAUAGGAUGCAACUUAAAACUGAUGCUACUAUUGAAAUUCUCAAACUCCCUUCUAAGAUAAUCAACUAAAAUGUAGUAUUUUGUGAAGAAAGGGCCUGUAUUGUUUUCACAGAUUGAAAUACCCUCAGAUGAUUCUCAAUUUGCAACACGAUUCAAAACCCUGUUUGGCAUUCUAAUUGAGAAGGCAGAAUCCUAGUUCAGCUUCUUCCUGUGAAUUACUUUGUAAACCAUCUUUCUUCACAGCUGCUUAUUUUUGAAAUACAAAUAAUCUAUUUUUACUUGUGUGAGUUUCAUGUGUGUAUUGGACUGUUUUAACUUGCUGUUUCAUACAGAGGCUUGUUGUACUUUUGCAUAAUUAGCCUAAUAGUUUUAAAACUAUUGUUGAAGUAGGAAAAAAUACUAGUAAACACCCAAGAACAAUGUAUACAGAACACAUCUUUCUCUCAUUUCUGAACGUUUCUUAGUAUAAAUUUCUCAGUAAUAGAUUGAAGGAGGGAAUGAGGCAACAAAAUAGAAAACAGUCUUAAUUAAAGAGAUAAAGCAUG